CGCAAAAACUUCACUGCAGUCCGCUUCCAUUGCUUCGUUGUUGUUGCACGUAUAAUUUGUUUGUAACUCGUUCCUCGAGCGAGCUUUGUGUAUGUUAUGUGAAUGUAAACCUGUUUAGUUAGAAACUGUUCUAAAAAGUGAUGUUGUCUGUGAUAAAAUGACUUGAUUGAAUAUGUGAUUACAAUAGUGCCGUUCAGGUUUCAUUAUGGGUUUGAUAACUUCGAGGGAUCAGACAAUGUUGGAUGGACCGGUCGCGUCGGUGAAGAGCCACCAUGUACGGCAACCGUCGACUCGGACCCGUACAAAGCCUCCUAUGCCGGACCGGGAUGAGCUGGAGAGCCGCUUCGUCAAAGUCCUGGCUUCAAUGGACCUGCCCCCGGACAAGGCGAAGCUGCUGCGCAACUACGACCUGGAGAAGAAGUGGGAGAUCAUCUGCGACCAGGACAUGGUGCAGGCGAAGGAUUCUCCGGCUCACUACCUCAAUAAACUGCGGACCUACCUCGACCCUAAGGCCUCCAGGAGUCACAGAAAACGAAAAAUGGUGGGCGAUUCCACAUCGACCCAAGUCCUAAGGGAUUUGGAGAUAUCGCUACGAACCAAUCAUAUAGAAUGGGUUCGCGAGUUUCUCAACGAACAGAACCAGGGUCUGGACGUGCUGAUCGACUACCUCAGCUUCAGGCUGAGCAUGAUGCGGCACGAGCAGAGGAUAGCGCUUGCCCGGAGCCAGUCCAGUGACGGAAUCAACCAAGGUGCCAACACAACGACAUCCGAUUGCAGCGCGCCAACAGACCCCAGUGCUACUCUCAACGCUUCGUGGAGGCGACGAGCGAGGUCAUCAGAUACCGAAGACGGUGCUGCCAGCCCCGCGGUGGCGAGAAGGCGAACUAGACACGCCGCGAGGCUUAAUAUGGGCGCAUCCACAGAUGAUAUACACGUCUGCAUCAUGUGUAUGAGGGCUAUUAUGAAUAAUAAGUACGGCUUCAAUAUGGUGAUCCAACACCGCGAAGCGAUCAACAGCAUAGCCCUUUCCCUAGUCCACCACUCGCUGCGAACAAAAGCUCUCGUUUUGGAACUGCUAGCGGCUAUAUGCCUGGUGAAGGGCGGGCAUCAGAUCAUACUGUCGGCUUUUGACAACUUUAAAGAAGUGGUCGGCGAGCCCAGAAGGUUCCAUACGCUCAUGGAGUAUUUCAUGAAUUACGAUUCGUUCCAUAUUGAAUUUAUGGUGGCGUGUAUGCAGUUUGUGAACAUCAUAGUGCACUCGGUCGAGGAUAUGAAUUUCAGGGUGCAUCUCCAAUACGAGUUCACGGCGCUCAAGCUUGAUGACUAUCUGGAGAGGCUCCGGCAUUGCGAGAGCGAAGACCUACAGGUGCAAAUCUCAGCGUAUCUGGACAACGUGUUCGAUGUGGCCACGCUGAUGGAGGACAGCGAGACAAAGACCGCCGCACUCGAGAAAGUCAACGAACUGGAGGACGAACUGGGACAUGCCCACGAACGGAUGGCGGCGUUGGAGAGAGAAGCGAUCGCGAAGCUGGCGACGCUGGAGGCGGAGCUGGCGUGCGCGCGGCACGAGCGCGACCAGCUGGCGGAGGCGCGGCGGCAGGUCGUCGAGGAGGUGUCAACGUUACGUCGCGCGCAGCAAGACUCCAGAAACAGACAAUCCAUGUUGGAAUCCAAGGUGCAGGAGUUGGAAUCACUUACCAAGUCACUGCCCAGGGGGGCAUCUAUGGGCGCGAUAUCCUCUCACACGAUGUGCAACGGGAACAGUAACGGCAUUACGAACGGGCACCACACCCCCUCCCCGCCGCCGCCGCCGCAGCCGCAGCCUCCGCAGCCGCCGCCGCCGCCCGCAGCGCCGCCGCCGCCGCCGCCCGCCCCCGCGGCGCCGCCCCCGCCCCCGCUGACGCCCUUCGUCCCGCCGCCGCCCGCGCCGCCCGCCCCCGGCCUCAUGCACCCCCCGCAGCAGCACGACGCUAUGACGAUCAAGAGGAAAGUCGACACGAAGUAUAAGCUGCCCACGUUGAAUUGGAUCGCGCUGAAACCCAAUCAGGUCCGAGGCACAAUUUUCAACGAGUUGGACGAGGAGCGCCCGCGACGUAGAAUCAACUUCACAGAGUUCGAGGAGAAGUUCCGCAUAGGUGGCGUCAGUGGCGUCGGCAAUGUUGAUUGUGACACUGACACUCUGGCGUCGUUCCCGAGCAAGAGGUUCCGGAAACCUGACACUGUGUCGCUGCUGGAGCACACCAGAUUGAGAAAUAUUGCAAUAUCAAGGAGGAAACUAGACACGCCUGUAGAAAAAGUGAUAGCGGCCGUCAAUAACUUAGACCUCAAACAGUUGCCUCUAGAGAGCGUCGAGAUUCUCCAACGAAUGGUGCCGACAGAGGCCGAACAAAAAGCUUAUAAAGAAUACGUCGCGGAGAAGAAAAACGUAAACCAGCUCACCGAGGAAGAUAAGUUCCUCAUGCAACUGGCGAAAGUUGAACGAAUAUCCGCUAAAUUAUCCAUAAUGAGUUACAUGGGCAAUUUCUUCGACAACAUACAUUUGAUCACGCCCCAAAUCCACGCGAUCAUAUCCGGCUCUUCAUCGGUGAAAUCUUCCCAAAAGUUACGGAACGUUCUAGAAAUAAUCCUAGCGUUUGGAAAUUAUUUGAAUAGUAGUAAAAGAGGGCCGGCGUACGGGUUCAAGUUGCAGUCGUUGGAUACACUUAUGGAUACUAAGUCGACGGAUAAAAGGAUGUCGCUGCUGCAUUACAUUGUGGGUACGAUUAGGCAGAAUUUCCCUGAACUGAUGAACUUUGACACGGAGCUGUUGUAUAUAGACAAAGCCGCACAAGUGUCACUAGAGAACGUUGUAUCAGACGUGACGGAGCUGGAGCGAGGAAUGGAAGCAGUGAGAAAAGAGUGCGACGCUCGCGACCAACACAGAUCAACCAAUUUAGUUCUGCGGGACUUCCUGAACAAUUCUACUGAGAAACUGAGGAGAUUACGACAGGAGACCAAGCAUGCGCAGGACUCGUUCGCGUCGUGCGUGGAGUACUUCGGCGAGGCGCCGCGCGGCUGCGACGCCAACGCUUUCUUCUCACUUCUCGUGCGCUUCUCCAGGGCUUUUAAGCAAGCGGACACUGAGAACGAGCAACGCCGGCGGCUGGAGCUAGCGUCGCAGCAGGCGGACCACGUCGACCCCAACAAGGCCAAGUUGGCGCAGAAAAAACAACAGGAGGCUGUAAUCAACGAGUUAAAAACGAAGUCUCAGGCCGUCGGCGAAAAGAAGCUGCUUCACCAGGACGAGGUGUACAACGGAGCCCUAGAGGACAUCCUGCACGGGCUGCGCUCGGAGCCCUACCGGCGCGCGGACGCCGUGCGGCGCUCCCAUCGCCGCCGGAUCAACUCCCACCGCCUCUCCAAGGGGCUGGAGGAGCUCGAGGUAUGAUACCCGCCCCCCUCCAGUGACCCACUGGACUUCUCCGUACAGAACGCGGUCAAAUCCAUCAACGCCCGCGAAAAACGACGCAAGGAUUUGGAAAUGGUGCACCACUACAAAAAACCCAUAUCGAUCUUCAAUAUCGAUGAUGACGUCCCACAUGUAAUGAGAAAACCUAAAAUGUCGACGUACAAAUUGGCCCCCAGCGACUGCCAAGUCGAGGAAAGAUGCGAGAUAAUUAAGUCUACGUAUGACGUCAUAACGAAGUAUACGCGUGCUAUGUUCGACAAACAUAACGAAACCGUCGUUUGAACGAUGUGCCUAUUUGUGACUUUCACGUAUAUUACAUCAGUAGGAUAUUAAAUAAUUUUAUGUACGCACAAAACUUGGUGCAGGUCUUGCCGAUUUUUUUUUAUACAUAUAACAUGGAUGAAAUAUACGCCUAAGUCUAUUUUAUACGCCUGUAAUUCAUUCCACGCCACACAACACGAGCGCAAUAUUUUGCUAAGAACAAUUUACAAAGUUUUUUGUAUAAAAAAAGCCUAGCUUUAUAGAUUUAUUAGAAAGCCGUAUUGCUGUCUCUAUUCUCAGUAGUGUUAGAGACAGAAUUGGUUUGGGCAUUUUAGUGGCGCUAGUUGAAACGGCCUUUGAAAUACGCACAGUUUUUACCCCAAUUUUUGGAAAUGUAAUUUUUUACACACGUAACAUUUGGAUAAUAAUGUAACAGUGUCCUUAAUAUGAUGAUAUUUAAUACGUAUAUACCUCUGAAUAUUUAUUAAUUAAUUAUUGGGAAUAUUGUUGAAAUCACGAAUAAAUGAAGCCCGUGUCCAAGCUAUGUCACCGAACUAAAACUUUGCGAUUUUCUAUGAGCAUAACCUAAUUACUCUACAAGACAUAAAAAAUGUGUGGUAUAUAUAAUCUACGCUGAUUUCAAAUUUCAACAAUAUUUCUACACAAAAAACGUGAAUGCGAACCUUCGAUAUAAUAAUAUAAAACAAUUUUUAAACUUUAUAGUAUAAAUUGCAAGCAUUUAUACAUUGAUAGCAUUUUCUACGUACCUAUAUUUGUGAUAGUUCAUACGGUUCUAUGAUCAGUUCUAAAAUUUUGUUUAUAUCUGUGCAAUUAUACAAUGUAUCCAUGACACAUGUAGUUAUAGUAAUUUUUGUAAUACAAUUCCAAUAAUUUUAAGUGUAGUUAAUUAAAAUUGUAUCAUUGAGUUGAGCACAAUAAGCAUUUAUUUAAUUUCAAUGUUUAUAGAACAGUUUGUUUUACUUGUUUUAUUUAAUAUAUUCAUUGAAUCUCUAAUUUUAAAUUAUCGGCACUGUGGGCACUUACAAUUGUCAUAAAAUCACCCUAGGUAAUAUGUGAUGAGGGUAUUUCGAGUGUCAACUAUAGUUGCCCGCAGUGCAACAAGGUAUGAAAUGAUUUGUAAAUAUAUUUACUUUGCCAGUUUUGUGACAGUCCCAAUUUCUAAUAAGUAUUGCAUAUGUAAAUAUAGUAUUUUUGUAAUUCACUCAAGAUACUUGAGCAAGAUAUUUAAGAUGUUCUGUAAGUAUGUAUUUAUGCUUUGUCUGAAACACUGGUUCUAUUAGUUUUUCAGUUUUAAUUUAAAUGUAAGUUUUAAAUGGAGAUGUAAUUUAAUAUAUUGAAUUUUUCGUAACUUCGACCUUUUUUGUGAAUUUCGAGUAAACAGCCUGAAGCCAAGCGAAAAAAUCGCGUUAUAAAACUAGAGAGCGCAGGCGCAAUCAGAAAAUGGUAUAAGAAAAUUAUUUACUAUACAAUAGGCUAUUUUACAACUAGUCAAACAAGAUUAUUUUUCCAAAUGUCAAAAACAAUAAUUUAUUUCAAACGUGUAUAAUGGUGAUGUCGCAUCGACUUCAAUAUUUUGCAGACAAAAAGCAUUUUAAGCAAUAGAAAAAAUGACAAACGUAAAAUUUACCAUGAAAUUAAUAGUGUUUGUUUUUUUUAUAUAUUGUAUCCAGUAAAAUAGCCUAUAAUAGGUAUCUUUGCUAUUGUUAUAGUGUACUUGUGCUUUGAGUUGCAUCUGAAGGCUUUUAUCGAUUCAUUUCACUCGAAUAUUAUUUUUAAUUUAUCAAUAUCACUGAUUUGAUGAUCUACGUAUACUAUUUUAUUUAAAUUGUUAUGUACUUUACCAAUUUUCGUGCUGUUUAUUAUUACGAUAUAUCAAAAUAUACGAUAAGUUUUUUGUUAAAUUUUAAAACAGGGUUUUUAUUUGUCUCAAAAACGCGUCAAAAAAAUCAUUAAAGCCGUAUUGUGAGUUUGCACUUCGAUAUCGACCAUCGAAACUUCGAAAAUUUCCAAGUGAGACUCAGCGAACCAAUCAUAGUAUGGCAUUGUGACGGGACGACAACCACACCGCAACGUAAUUGGCUCGUUGCUUCUCACUACGAAAAUUUGCAACAAUCUAUGUUGAAAUGCAAACUUGCAUCCAGGUUUUAAAGAUAUGAAAAUGUAUAUCGUUCAUAGUAUUAGUAUUAUGAAUAUAAAUACCUAUUAAUAAUUUCGAAGUUACGUUUCUGGUUCUAGCGUCUAUCCAAAUACGAAAUAUAAAGCUGUUUGGAUAUCAUAAUGAUUAAAUAAAACACAUCAAAACAUACUUCAUGCUUCAAAACGUGGUUUAUAUGUCAUAAUUAGGCAUUAUUUAAUAAAUUGAACUUAUUUACUCACUCGCUGGUUAUUUGAAAAUAGUUGAUAGUGAAACUAUCUAUUUAUCAGUGACAGUGCAUUAAAAAACAUUUAAUAAAUGGAAUAUAUACAGAAUAAUUGUAUAUUGGAAUAAUACAUAAUAUAUAUAAAAUCUAUAAGAUUGAUCUUGUUCAUAGAAUUUAUGUUAUACACGCUUCUGUAUUCUUUAUUUGGAUAGAUGUUUUUAAGUUUAGUAGAAUUUUAUUAUAAUGUUUUUGUAUAGUUAUUUGUAUUUGUAUUUGAUGUACACAUUAUGAGAGUUAUAAUUGGUUUAUAUAGUCCUGUUUGUAUUGCAUGUAUGCUAGCAUUAGAAACAGUAUUCAGUGAUGCAAUAAACGAAAUAAUACAUUAUAAAUAA